CUGAUCAGCUGAGCGGCGAGUGACGCUUAGCGGCGGCGGCGGCCGGCGGCGAGGUGAGGUGGAGAUGGGGAUGGGGAUGGAUUGGUACGCGUGGCUGGCGAAGACGGGAUUGGCGCCGGCGCUGGCGUACGAGUACGGGAGGCUGUUCAACCAGAACGAGCUGGAGCGCGGCGACGCGGCGCACUUCGACCACGACCUGCUCAAGAGCAUGGGGAUCGCCGUUGCCAAGCACCGCCUCGAGAUCCUCAAGCUCGCCAGGAAGGACGCCGCGGCCGCCGGCGGGGAGGGGGAGGAUUCCUCGUCGGCGUACGCGCGGCUCGUGCGGAAGGCCGGGUGGUGCAUAGCCCGGUGCGCGCGGCGCCUGGCGCGACGCGGCGGCGGGGGAGGAGGAGGAGGGAAGGGGUCGUCGGUCACCGUGGUGCCGAGGAUAUGCAGCGGCGACGACGCCGUCCGCGUCGGCGCCGUGCAGCAGACGAGGAGGAGGAGGAGCGUCAAGAAGAUGGUGCUCAUGAUCACCGACGGCGCCGCCGUCGCGAGGGGCGGCGGCGGCGGCGGCCGGUUCUCUGGGUCGCAGAAGGCGAGCCUGAUGUUCCACGACUGCUACGAGGACGACGACGUCGACGUCGACGAGGAGGCGCAGUGCGGCGCCGGGCCAGUGGGGGACGGCGAGGAGGACGAGGAGGAGGAACGGUGCUCCGACGGCGGCGGCGCCGACGGCGAGAUCAAGUGGGACUCCAUGUUCCAGGACCUGAAACCGACGUGAUGACAUCAGCAAAUUGAAGUAGUUUGGUUAAUUUGCGAGCUGUGUGUAGCGUUUUAAUGGUGAGAGAAUUUUUGCAACUCUCUUGUGUGGUGCGAGAGCUUAAUUAGAAGAGAAAAAAAAAACAACCCGGAAAUGUGCGUGCGUUUGCCACCCCGUUUAGUCGACAAUAAUAUCGAUCGCAAAUGUUUUGAUUGAGUGAGUGAGAUUAAUUGAAGGUCAACGUUGAGCUGCA